AUGGACUUUCUAACCGUGAUAAUCGGUUACAUUGGGCUCUGUCUCACAGUCAUUUUCCUGUAUCAAUUUCAUGACUCACCCACACUUCGUCCCGUGAUGCGAUUGUGCACCAUUUGUACCGGUCUCCUAAAGCGAUUUAUUCCGGCUCACCUGCGCGAAUUGGUUGAACACGUGAUUUUAUGGUUUCUUUUUGAACGACAUUGUCUCUAUCAGGUGUUGUAUGCAAUUCUUGUUCUGGUCGGACAUGCAGUUCUGAUAACCGAUGUGAUUGCCCAACUCUAUCGAUUCUCUGUUGUCGAGAAUCAUCUGUUCAUCGGUCUUGCUAGCCUGUUUUGUAACGGGUUGUGCUAUGUGCUUGUCUGUCUGACGGAUCCGGGUGUGAUCAACGCGCAAAAUUUACCGGUCUACGCCCACGUCUAUCCGUACGAUGGCGAGUUGUAUACGGAAAAGCAAUGCACCAAGUGCCUCCAUCAAAUGCCUGCGCGUUCUAAGCAUUGCGGUAAGUCGUCUACUGAGAUGCGGAGCUUAUUGUUGACACCCGAGGCCAAGCCCUCGAACUGCAGGUAUUGA